AUGGAUGAAAGAGAAUUUCGCGUGUUGGUCAAACAUUACUUUAUGAAAGACAAAUCGCCUGAGAAGACUAAAGAGAAGCUUGAUAAAUAUUAUGGUAAAUCUGCAGCUUCGAUUAUAACAGUUUAUAAAUGGUUUCAAACAUUUCAGAGUGGCCAUAUGAGCACAAGUGACGCUGAACAUUUUGGACGCUCUUUUGAGGUUAAUGCUCUAGAAAUCAUAGAUAAAAUCAACGCCAUGGUGAUGGAUAAUAGAAGAAUGAAGGUGCGUGAGAUUGCUAGUGCUGUGAGCAUCUCGAGUGAACGGGUAUAUAAUGUUUUGCAUCAACAAUUGGGUAUGAAAAAGUUAUCCGCAAGAUGGGUGCCGCGAUUGCUCACAGUUGACCAAAAACGAAAUCGUGUAAGGUGUUCCAAGGACAGUUUGCAGCUGUUUCAACGAAAUCCACAGGACUUUAGGCGUCAUUCCGUCACUGUGGAUGAAACAUAG